CAAGAUGGAUUCUUAUCAUUCUCAGAGAAAGAACACCAUCCUUGCCGGUGCCAGCAGGUUGACUCAAGAAAGCCUUAAGAGAGGCACUCUACACGGCAAUGUUAGUGACCGCGUUGUUGACAGCAGAGCUACUAUGGAUAUAGCUUUGCGCGAAACGUUGGGCCAAGUGAGCGCCCCC